AUCUCAGACGAGAAAAAUACAGAGCUCGGCAAGGAAGGGAUUUAUUUCCCCGUUAAAAAGUUAGCUUUUUACUGCACAAAAGGAUUAUUCUAAUAUAAAAUCAAGAAUGUGGUCAGCGAAGUACAACCCGUUUGUCGGUUUUGAAGCUUUGCUGUCCUCAUCCGAGGGGGUCUUUUCAAUGGAUACAGCGCCAUUCAGUGUAGAUACUCCAUUUCUACAGCCAAGCGGGCCUUUACUUGGUGAAGAUAAUUUUAACAACACAUCUCAACUCUCUAUUUGCAAUGGCGAAGAAGAUCAGUUUGCAGAGCCAUCUUCAUGGUCGAGCUUUGGCUCAAAGGUAGAACUUCCCGGUGGCGGGUUCAUCGAGCUGCCAUCCGCUGAAGACGAUUGCCGAGAAUGGACUCAGUCAGCCAACAACGAUAAAACACAGGAACAUGCGGUCCUCGUCGCCAAAGUUGACAGACUGGAACUAGAGUCUCUUGAGAAGGAUCAUGUGAUUGGUCAAAUUAGUAAUGAGAACUUACUCCUGCGUCAGGAAAUCAACCGGAUUUUGCAGACUGUCAGCCACAAAAACCUAGAGUUGUAUCACUUCCGGUUUGAAUCAUCAAGAGCUCUACGUGAAAGUGAGGCGAGGGUGGAUGAGCUUCAACAGGAAGUGUGUAGCCUUAAGCAAGAUCUGUCUCGCGUUCGAGCUGUAUGCCUGGAAACACAAAGCCAAGCAUCUCUUGUCGACUUGGUCCGCAAAAAGCUUGAUGAAAGGAGAGUUGAGAACAACGCACUUAAGUGGAAGGUUGGCGCUCUUGAGAAGGAAAUCCGGGACCUUCAGACAAAAAACGAAGUCCUUGAGACGGAACUACUUAUUAUUCCCCGGAUGAUGGCUGCCAAGGUUUCUCGUAACCGGAACAACGCCACACUUCAGAUGCACUGUUCGGCGCACACGGUGAAAGUGAAGGUCAGCGGUGCAAAUUUGUCAAGGGUCAGCAGCGACGCAGAUAGAGAGGAGAAAUCCUUCCGCACCCUCCCCUCCCCUGGAGCAAAUGCGAGAGAAGACCCCGAGGAAAUUCAGGUUCUUGAAAGUCAACAAGACGUACCUCCACACAAACCUGAUGAGUCUAAAACCAGAACGAGAAACUUUUCGUCUCUGAAGAAUUGGUUUCGAAGGCGGCCUGUCACCGAACAUGAUCAGAGUUUGCUAAGCAAGCUCAGAGAAAACUAACCGAGUAUAUGGAAAUGAUACACACCAAGACUGUUGUUAUCGGUUUUUAGUGAGCUAUAAGAAAAUGUAUUGUUGUUAUAUUUCAAGUAUUGUCAACCAUGUAAAUAUUGUAAAUAGGUCGUUUACAUUUAUAAAAAAAUCGUUUAUGAAUUAUGUUUUCAUCAAAUAUCUUUCUCGAAUAAAAAGCAAAAUAUAAUGGUUUGUUAACACAA